GGUAUUCCAUCCGCGGGGGGGCUCCCUUCAAAUCUAGGUGAACCAGUCUCCUCCCUGUGGGCCAAGGUGGACAUGCCAUUCUGUCUCUGCUGGAUCCGCCACGCCGGUAAACAGCAGGAGCCGCACGUGACCCAGUGAGAGUGACGCAUCCGGUCGGCACAGCCAAUGGGAGUGGACCACGCGCAUAAACACGGAAGUGGCGGGCUGAGGUGGUGGCGGCUGCAGCUGGCGGGCGCGUGGCGUGCUUCGGAUCCAGAGGAACACCUGCGAGGCCUCCGCAAGGGCGUCCACGCGUGGCGACAUGGCUGUGACGCGGCAGAGGAACAACAAAGGGCCGCACGCGACUGAGAUAGAGCGGAAGAUCAAACGGGGGAACACGCUGCGGCAGGCCUCCUGGUGGCGUGGGUACCGCGGGUUGGCGGCUUUGCUGUUGGUGGCGGUGUGCGGCUGUGCGGCGCUUCUGCUGCGUCUGGCCUCUCUGGACAGUGAUGUCACAGAGACCCUGGUCAGCCAGAGGGAGCUGGUCUCUCCUCAGCCGAGGGCGUACGGCGUGCCGUGCUCCGAAGACUACGACAACUACAAACGCUAUCCAGGUUGCACGCCUCAGAAGUGCGGCCGUGUGGUCACGGACGGUGUGGUGACCAGGGAGGAGGCUCUGGCGCUCAGGAGGCUGGCGGAGAAGGGGCUGGCGCUGGCCGGGUCCGAGGGCGGGGCCUCCAUCCUGGACCUGCACUCCGGAGCGCUGUCCAUGGGGAAGCAGUUUGUCAACAUUUACAGGUAUUUUGGGGACCAGAUCAGCGAUGUGUUCGCACAAGAGGACUUCCAGCUUUACAGAACCGUCCGCGGGCGGAUCCAGGCGGCCAUAGCGGAGGCGUUUGGUCUGGACCCAGCGCUCAUGUACCUGACCAAGCCCACCUUCUUCUCCAGAAUCAACAGCACAGCGGCCAGAACCCAACACGACGAGUACUGGCACCCCCACAUUGACAAGGUGACGUACGGCUCCUUCGACUACACCUCCCUCCUGUACCUGUCGGACUACGGCUCUGAUUUCACCGGAGGACGAUUUAUCUUCAUGGACCAAAAUGCCAACCGCACCGUGGAGCCGCGCACAGGACGAGUCUCCUUCUUCUCCUCUGGCUCGGAGAACCUCCAUCGAGUGGAGAAGGUGAGCUGGGGAACGCGCUACGCCAUCACCGUGUCCUUCACCUGCGACCCGGAACACGCCAUCCCCGACCCCGCCCUGCCCUGAUGCGUCCAUGGGGGACGGAGAAUGGUGCCGUCCGUCUGCUUGGACAAGUCCUACAAGAGAAGAAAUGGGGAGGGGGGGUUCACACUAAACUUGACUGACAUUUAAACACGGUUUCCAUCUUUUUUUGUAUCAUCUCCAGAAAAAAAACUCCUUUUAUUUUUACUUAAGGGGGAACUCUGGUUCUAAUUAAGGUCUGAGCGUCUUUGCAGUUGGACUUUUUACGAGGAUGUUCUGUUGUGUGCCGUCGGCUAAACAGCUGCAGAGCCGUAACGAGAAGACGCUCAUCGCUUCCCAAGACACGCCCUUGUUUGGCUCAACAGGAGGAUGAAAGCUGACGGAGCAGGAGGGCUAAAGGCGAGGCCUCUGCUGCAGAACACCAAGACAUUCUGGAUGCUGGUCCUGGAGAACCUCUUUGACCAGAGUUCCAGUCCUCUUAGAGCUGAAGACAUUCGUCUUCCUACAAAUCCUGGAGGCUAAUCGGCCGCAAAUGCUGUUAAUUAGGAAAUGUUGGGGUUCAAAAAGAUUUGGAGGCUUGUUUUUUGGGAGUUCUGGAGAUUCUGCUCCUUUGACCAAAGCUUUCUGAGCUAAAACUGCAGGAGUUGAGGCCCAAAUGCCAGGUCCUUUAGCCGUCCAAUCAGUUCUGUUUCUCUGUCAAAGAAAUCUCCAUCCAUCCCAGACUCUUUCAACAAAGACUUGAACAGUGAAUAACGUGGAACUAUUUUUGAAAAUCUUCUAUCUAGCUUCUUUUUUCAAUCUGACCCGCAGCAGCAGCUGUCCUGAAAGACCCCGUUCUUUUCACCGUUCUUCUCUCCUCCUGCGCCUUUGAGCGAAGCUUUCAACGCCACCACAAACCCAAAGCUCCACAGGAAGUUCUGAAAUUAUUAUGGGAUGGCCACAGGACCUACGGCCUGGCAGCCACUGUCACAAAGCGUGAAAUUUGUCGAAAAUAACAUUUUUCCACAAUUUCGGUAAAGAAAAUGGCACACACCAAGUUAGGUCUACAACCGCAACCCAAGUUUUGUUGACCUCUGACCUCUGGAAGAGGCUGCCAUCUUGAAAUUUAAAAUGAUGCAACUUCCCUUAGGGAUUUUGAUCCAUCACCUUCUAACUCCUCAAACAUCAUUGGGAAGCUACUACGAAACAAAGUGUUUUAAAGUUUGUAGAUUUCAAAUGGUGAUAGCAUGACGAUCUCGCAAACGUGGCGUUUCCCUGUUGCUCGCACAAUUUUAACCGGAAGAUUCUGAAAAUGUAAUACAUGAGUUGUUGGCCCAAGCUGAAUGAAACGAUACAACAUAUCAGGAAUGGGAGCAUGGUUAACAAAAAAAACCUCCGUUGCUAAGGAAAUCGUAAAUUUUACUUUUGCCGAUUCUUGUAACAAUUACAUAGUUCUGUUCGUCAUCCCCAGGUGACCAAAUGAUACAAUGGUUGCUAUGGAGAUACAACUAACAGAAAGCCACCAUAUUGAAAAAAUAUGGUGGCUUCAUAUGCAGCUCUGACCAGGCUGGCAGAGGAAGAAGGGGGAGGGGUGUAGCAGCCACUCAGCCAGUGAGGGCAGGCAAAAAAAAAGAGGGUUAUGGUUUUAAUUUAUAUUUUUUUCUGCUGUUUUAAUACUUUACUUGGUUGCUAAUUCUUGGUGUAGAAUAAUGAAUUCUGGGUCAGAUUGUCUUGAUUUGGUGAUUUUGUUUUGGUUUCUUCCAGAGUGUCCGUCCACAGAGCUUCUCCAUGCUUCAUUAGAGGAAAGUGUGGAUGAAAAUAAACUGGUUUCCUCACAAACGUGUUCACAGCGUUUCCAUCCGGAGGAGUAACUGAUCUCCUCUGACCUUCAAAGUAAAAGCCUUGAACAGGCUCAGGAUCGAGUUACACUGUUCCUGGUAAUAUUGAUCAGGUGUUUUCUCUGAAGCUACAAAGCUCAGACUUUCCUUCAGCUCGUCAUCUUCCACCAUUAAUAGCGGAAUUCCUCUGGUCUUCGGAGGGGGGGGGGGGGGGGGAUUUGUCUUAAUUUGUGGGCAGAUCCUUUUAACAUGGAAAAGCAGAAACGUUUGAAGUCUGUUACGGCGGUUUCCUGCAGAAAGACUGGGAUUCCUCCAAACUGAAGUGAAGUCAGCGUCAGAAUGUUAUGAGUUUGGAAAGAAGGCGGCGUGGAAGGAGAAAAAAAGAAGUGAAAACUGUGACGAAAGAGAAAUGAGAAGACGAAUGAGAAUCUAAACAAACGCGUCUGAAUGCUUCAUUAAUUCCAAUGUAAAAGAAUGACAACAGGACUUUAUCAAACUUGGAUCUCAAUGUUUUCUUGAAGGUGGACUUUGAAGAUCUUGUCAUAAAAGGGGCGGAGUCAGAAGGUGAGAUGUUUGCUAAUUUCCAUCAGUGACGUUUUUGUGGGUGUUUAAAAAUGUAAACAAACAGUAGGUGUGUUGAAUGUGACUCCAGACUGCCCUGUGUCGUCACGAAGUUUGUAAAAAAUAAAUAGAUUAUGACGUGCCAAA